CCUGUGGAAGCUUGAGCAGCAGCAGCAGUCACUUUCACCACCAAGAAGCAGACGUCAGCUGAGCAGAGCAAAGAAAGACCUACUGAAGAUUUAUAGCACAUUUAAGUACCGCUUUAAAUUUGAGACCACAAUGGCCUCCACUCUGUCAGUGCGCAGCGUUUCAGUGCGUCAGCCCUCCUUCUCCAGCGUCACAGUGAGGGACAGUGGGCGCAGUCUCCGCUCCAAGGCCUCCGUCUUCCCUCUGUCCAGCGUCAACAUGCUGUCAUUGUCCCGCUCUGUCUCUAUGGGAAACGGCCUCAACAUUCUGGGUUCCAGCCUUUCAAUCAAUGGCCUUGGGACAAGCGAGAAAGAGACCAUGCAGGGCCUGAAUGACAGGCUAGCCAACUACCUGGAUAAGGUAAGGUCACUGGAGAGGUCUAACACCGAACUGGAGGUGAAAAUCAAGCAACUCAUGUUGGAGAAAACUCCAAAAGGGCACGACAUUGAGGGGAUGAUGGCACAAGCACAUGCCAUCGGGCAAGAGGUGAGAAAGAGGACACUGGAGAAUGCUCGGAUCAUGCUGGAGAUUGACAAUGCCAAACUAGCAGCUGAUGAUUUCAGGGUCAAAUGGGAAGCAGAGGCCUCCCUGUACCAGUCGGUAGAGAGAGACUGCCAGGCUCUAAGGAGAGCAAAGUCAGACCAUGACCAAAUCAUUGCCACGCUGAGAGGAGACCUAGAUAGCCUCAAGGAGGAGCUGUACUACCUCAAGAAGAAUCAUGACGAGGAGAUGGGUGCCCUGAAGGCCCGUCUGGCCAAUGAGCAGGUCAGUGUUGAGGUAGAAGCGGCUCAAGGGCCCGACCUGGGGGCCAUUAUAGCUGAGCUGAGGGUCCAGUAUGAGGGCAUCGCUCGCAAGAACAAGGAGGAUGCUGAAGCCUGGUACCUGAAGAAGCUGGAGGCCGUUCAGUCUGAGGUCAAAGAAAGCAACGAGGCGCUCCGCUGCGCCCAGGGAGAACUCAGCGAGAGGAGACGCUUCCUGCAGGCCCUGGAGGUGGAAUUGGACAGCCUACGAAAACAGGUCAGCGUGUUGGAGGGAAACCUGGGAGAGACUGGACACAAAUACAGCAUUGAGAUGGACCGCCUUCAGACCACCCUGACGCAGCUGGAGGACGAGCUGUCUCAGCUGCGUCUGGACAUGCAGCGCAACAAAACUGACUAUGAGCAGCUUCUGCGCAUCAAGCAGAACCUGGAGAUGGAGAUCGCUACCUACAGGCGGCUGCUGGAAGGCGAGGAAAUGGUGAAAGAAACACCCCCUCCUAAGAAAGACCCCGAGGUCCGUACCAGGAAGAUCGUAAAAGUUGUCACACAGACGGUGAUCAACGGCAAAGUGGUUAACGAGUCCAGCGAGGUGGAGCAGAUUGAAGACAGCAAGAAAUGAGGCACAAUGAAGCAUGCACUGUUUUAUUAUCCCAACUUCCUGCUGACUGUGCAAAACAUUCUGUUAUUAUCCGAUGCUUUUUUGAACACUGGAAAUAGAAGUGAAGAUUAAAAGCUCAGGCUAAAAGUUUUUAAUCAUAGUUUACUUUAUUUCAGUUGUUAGCAUGUCUUUAAUCUGCUCAAGUUUCGCAUUCUUUGUUCAACUUUUACAUUAUUAGUCCUUCAGCUAUUGGAUGUAUCUCUGGUCUUAGACUUUUGAACAAGUAUUAUUUUUCCUACAACUAAACAGUUUACAGAUUCAGCUGGAAACAUGUUUGAUCUCAAGAGCUAAGAUCUAAAGACAGGAGUGCAAUCCAUAUAUUUGACCAGAAUUAGAGCUUCUGCAGAUACUACUGCAAUACAGACACUUUUUUUAUCCAAGCAUAAACGGUUUGAACUUUUUUUUUUCCAAUCACUAUAUCUCACCCCGAUUUAUUUGUUUAUAAAUCAAAUAAAUGCUUAAGCUUUCA